AUGCUGGCUACUAGGAUCUUGGGAGGAAUCUACUUAUCUUCAAUAGAACCAAUAAACAAAGAAACUGAUCUUCGCGCAGAGUACAACAUCCUGUCAAUCCUUUCCGUGUUGCCUGGAGAAAUAAGUGAAACAUUUACUCUGAACUACAACUGGAAGCAGAUUAGCGUCACCGAUGAAGUCACGACAAACUUAAUCCAACACUUUGACGAAUGCUGCGAUUUUAUCGACAAGGCCACUGAAAAUGGCGGCAAGGUCCUCGUGCAUUGUGCGCAAGGCGUAUCGCGAUCAGUCACCGUGAUAAUGGCUUAUUUGAUGAAGAAACACAAGUUAAUGUGGAUGCAGGCUUUGCAUGCCGUGCGUAGAAAGGAACCGGCGGUGAUGCCCAACCGUGGGUUCUUGGAACAGCUUCUGCUUUACGCAGAUAUGAACUACAAGGUUGAUCCUGAAAAUCCCAAGUAUAAAGCCUUUCUCAAGAAGCUAUCGUUGGAGCAGGACCCCACGGGUGAACAGUUGCGGCAGGAGACAAUGGCAGCGAAAGAGCAAUUCUAUUCAUCAACUAACGUGAAUGAGUCGGGAGCAGCAAAAACUGCGUCGACAUACGACUUGAGAUGCAGAAAAUGUCGAAACGUCUUGGCCAACAACUCGCACGUUGACGAGCAUGAAGUGCCACAGGCGGAAUCUAAACAAUCCAAAUUCAUCAAGACUGCUCCAAACUCAAGAAGAAUCAUCUCCGUGCAGAACGCCAGUGAUUCGUGCUCGCACUUUUUCGUCAAGGAACCGAUGGACUGGAUGCGGAAAGAGCUUGAAAACGAGGCCAUUGAGGGAAAGUUCCAGUGCCCGAAAUGCGAUGCAAAAGUUGGCGGUUACAGUUGGAGAGGUUCGAGGUGUUCUUGUGGAAAGUGGAUGGUGCCUGCACUUCAUUUACAACAAUCAAAGUUAGACAAAAUGUAUACCCAUCUCUAA